GCGCCACCGAUACGCGUUGUACCUACUUCGAUCUCGCGCGUGCGUACGAAACUAGUCCGUUCUCACUAACGCGACUGCAGUGAGGAAGAGAAUUUAUCGCCGGCGACACGUCUCGUCCGCGAUAUACGCUUAUCGCGGAGACCAUAAUACACAACCGUAUAAGAUCAUUGAUCACACAUUCACGCGACGGUUACGGUGGACAACAAGCGCGACCACUGUCACACAGACUCACACGCGGCCGUGUCGUCGUACCGGUUUCGCUAUACUGCGCUGUCCAAAAAGCCGUACCGCGUGCCCGCUCGUCGUGCAUAACGGCCGGUAAAAGUUUCGUCGUUACCAGUGGCCGCGGUUUGAAAUCAAACAAUCCGCGGUAAGCACGUCUUCGACAUCUACGGCGCGGUACACCUGCUGAGACGCAAAAUCCGGCAACGGCGCAGCACACGCAUCGUUCGCGAACCGUAACAAAUGUGCGUGUAACACUCCGUUACAACGUUGCCGCGGUUUGCUCCGGAACGUAUCCGUCCGAACGGCCGCCACCGUCCGCCGUUGGAUUCUAAUCAAUGAUGCGCGUUUUCCUUUCUCUCUUCCCCCGAACAACAAUAACAAUAAAUAAAUAAUAUAAUAAGUUAACACUUACUGUUGUUCACUUGUCCUGUGACUCUGGUCGUAGAAUAUUUUCCGUGCGUGUGUGUAGUUUAUUACGUUUCACGCUCCCGUGCAAUGGAGGUGGACGAGUUCGAUUCGGGCCGACCGUCGUCGACAAUUUCGUCGAUAAAUAGCCUGUUCUCAUUUACCAGCCCGGCCGUUAAGAAACUGUUGGGCUGGAAGCAAGGUGACGAAGAAGAGAAAUGGGCCGAAAAAGCCGUCGAUGCGCUCGUCAAGAAAUUGAAGAAAACCAAAGGCGCUAUCGAGGAAUUGGAAAAAGCGCUCAGCUGUCCGGGACAGCCAAGCAAGUGCGUCACCAUACCGAGAAGUCUUGACGGACGACUGCAGGUGUCACAUCGUAAGAGUUUACCGCACGUCAUAUACUGCCGUGUAUGGCGAUGGCCAGAUCUCCAAACCCAUCACGAGCUUAAGCCGCUUGACCACUGUCAAUUUCCAUUCUCUACUCAAAACAAACAGAAAGAUGUUUGUAUUAAUCCUUAUCACUACAAACGUGUUGAAAGUCCUGUGUUACCUCCUGUAUUGGUACCCAGACAAAGUCAGCUACCCCCUAUGAUGUUCCGUCAAAUGCCGGAAAAUCUUCAGUAUAAUAACUAUAACCAAGGACCCAAUUCUCCAUCAUCAAGUCCUCCACCAAACAGUCCUUUUCAGAGCAGCGCACUGUCAGAAUUAGGAAGUUCUCCUGGGCCUGAUGAAAAAGCUAUGAGUCCCGCAUCUGGAACACAAGUCAUGUAUCAGGAACAAGCUAGUUGGGCAAGCAUAGCAUACUAUGAAUUAAAUAGUAGAGUUGGAGAACUUUUUCAUUGCCAAUCUCCUGUUGUAGUUGUGGAUGGUUUCACUAAUCCAAGUAAUAAUCUAAACCGAUUUUGUCUUGGACAACUUUCCAAUGUUAAUCGAAAUCAAACAAUUGAAAACACAAGGCGACAUAUCGGAAGAGGCAUUCAAUUACAUUAUAUUGGCGGUGAAGUAUAUGCAGAAUGUUUAUCAGACUCCGCAGUGUUUGUACAGUCACGUAAUUGCAAUCACCAUCAUAAUUUUCAUCCAUUAACUGUGUGUAAGAUACCAGCUGGAUGUUCUUUACGUAUUUUCAAUAAUCAACAAUUUGCAACUUUACUCACAGAAUCUGUAAAUUCUGGUUAUGAAGCGGUAUUUGAGCUCACUAAAAUGUGCACAAUUAGGAUGUCAUUUGUGAAGGGCUGGGGCGCAGAGUAUCAUCGGCAAGAUGUUACCAGCACACCUUGUUGGAUUGAAAUACAUUUAAAUGGACCAUUACAGUGGUUAGACAAAGUUUUGUGUGCCAUGGGAUCGCCUCACAAUGCGAUAUCAUCUGUUUCAUAGGCCAACAUGCUUAACACACUUAUUUUUCUAGUAUCAAGGUGUCAUUUUUAUUUUUGUUUUAACUAAAUCAUCAAUAUGACUUAAAUACACAUAAGUUGUGCACAAUAUUAGUAAAAUAAUUUUGCUACAAAAUACCAGGUAUUUUUAUAUUAAAUAAACUUAUGAAAUUUAACUUUUUGUAAAUUUAAAUUACUUUUAUUUUGCUGUACUAUAUGUUUGGUGCUCGCUAUUCUUAUUACUAUAUAUAUAUAUAUUUUUUUUUUGUUAAAGAACAUUUAUUUAUUGUUUUUUUAUCCUAAAUAUUUAAAAAAAAAAUAAAAAAAAUGAAACCUUUUUUUUAAAAAAAGUAAUACUUUUGAGACUUGAAAGAUUUAAAACAUAUUAUUUUCUUCUAAAACUUAUUUGACAUAUUAGUUUUGAAAAAUAUGGUGAUAUUAUGCUCUCUAAUCAAAUAUAUUUAUUUGAUGAAUUAUUGUUGGCAACUUAAUAAUCACUAAGAUGGUGUAAUAGUAUAUAAAUACUCAUAAAAACUUAUUUUACACCUUCCUAGUAAACAUAAAAAAUUAUAGGGAAUAAUUUUAUCUAAAUCUAUUAAAAAUAAAAUUUUUGAUAUUUAUAUUAGUUAAAUAAUUUUAAAGAUAAUCUGUAAAAAUAUUAAAAAUUCAUCAUCAAAUACAGGUUGAUUGAAAUGGGAUAUCAACAAUCUGGUUUCUUAUGAAUGUAGAUAAAAUUUUUCUCCAUAAUUUUUAUAAUAUAUAAUUUCACUUGUAAAACCCUUCAGAAAGCUGUAUUCUUGAAAGGCUUAAACAUCUUUUUCUGUAAAAAGUGUAAUCAAGUAUUUUUUGAGCAGAGCAUGAUUUUUUUUCUGUUCCUAUUGAUUUAUUAUUGUUGCACUAAAAAAUAAAAAAUAAUUACUUUUUUUUUCUUAAAAUUUUCAGCUAUUUCCUUUUUAACCUAUAUUGCACACUAUUCUUAAAUUACAUACAAGUUAUAAGUCAUAGUGUUCAAAUGUUGUUAAAAUAAUUUUAGUAAAUUAUAUUUGCUCAUUCAAAAUGUUGUUCAUUUUAGUUAAUUUAUAAUUUAUUAAAUUAAUAUUGGUAUGCUACUUACAAUGACAGUAAACUAUAUACAGGGUGUUUUAUGAUGUUUUAUUUGUUUCUUAUUUUUAAAUAGUGAGGCGACAUGCUUUGUAGUUUGUCUUGAUUGAAAUAACAUAAAACAAUCUGUAAAUUAAUAAUUUUUAGUCGUUAUUAUUUUGUAGUAGGCGUGCAAUAUGAGAAUAUUAUGUAAGCUGUAUAUUUAUAUUGUUGAAUUUUUAAAUAAGCGUUUGUUCAAUGUUCCCAAUGCGUUCAGUAAUGUAAUAUUUAUGUUUGAUUUAUUAAUUAUUAUAUUGUAAUUUUUUUUUUAGUUGUAUACAUUUUUCCUAAACGUUUUAGUUUAUUGUCUACAAAAAUAUAUAUUAUAUUGAUCUUAUUUUAUAAAUAUUUUGAAUGUGAACAAUAGUUUUUUUGUGAAAAAAAUAUAUUUUGCUAGAAAGACAAUAUUA